AUGACUCAAGCCACAAUCAACAUAGUUCCAUCAAACAACGCCCAAUUUUUAACAGCCGAAGAACUUAAUGAUCCUAACAAUGAAAUCAUUUUCGUCCAGCACUCAAAGGAUGUUGAUAUUGAAAAAAUUCAAGCCGAGUUAAAUAGAAUGCAAGAGCAUAAGAGAGGAAAAGAGGUUGCUGUAACCGAGAUUCCUGGAGCAAAUUGCUAUCCAUUAGCUUUUGACGAUGGUACUUUAGUUCUUACAAAGAAAGUUGACCAUUACUAUGUUGCCUUACCCAAGAAAUCAAAUUAG